AUGGGUCUCAAGUUCCGAGGCGGCCUUAUUGGCCCCAAGAACAUCGGCCACGAUGUCACCCUUGAGGAAAAGCAAAACGAUACCGAGGGACAGCCUCAAGGUGUCUUGGGCACUGACAACAACAAGGAGCUCGACCCGACUGUUCAGCCCGCCGGAGCCACUGGCUCUUCUACCAGCUCCGUUGAAGAGAAGAAGGACCUGCAAUUCGGUGUCCAGGUUGCCGAAGCUACCCUCCAGGUAUGGACCAGGGAGCACCUGAUUGCCGCCUACAUCAUGAUGUGGCUGAUCAACUUUGUCAACGCCUUUGCCUCUGGUGUCGCUGGUACCCUGACUACCUACGCCGUCAGUAGUUACUCGUCUCACUCCCUCGUCUCAACCACCAGCAUCAUUUCCGGUCUUAUUCCUGGUCUCACCAAGCUCGCCUACGCCAAGUACAUGGACAACUUUGGUCGCCCCCAGGGAUUGCUGCUCGCCGUCAGUUUCAUGACCAUUGGUCUGGUCAUGUUUGCCGGUUGCAACAAUGUCGAGACCUACUGCGCCGCCGCCGUCUUUUACUACACCGGAUACUCGUGGCUCGACUUUACCAUUACCAUCUUCAUUGCCGAUACGUCCAAGCUGAGGAACCGAGCCUUUUCCAUUGCCUACAUCUCCUCCCCCUGGCUCAUCACCACCUGGGUCUACGGUUACGCCUGCGACAGCAUCCUUGACGGUAUGGGCUGGCGAUGGGGAUACGGUAUCCUCGCCAUUGUCGUGCCUGUUGUCUGCGCACCCCUCGGCGCUCUCUUCUACUGGAACCAGCGCAAGGCCAUCAAGGCGGGACUCGUCCACGUCAAGCCCCACGGACGUGGUGUCAUUCAGAACAUUGUCUUCUACGGCAGAGAGUUUGACAUUAUCGGUAUUCUGCUGGCCGCCGCCGGUAUUGGUCUGUUCCUCUUGGCCUUCAGCUUGUACUCGUACCAGACCGAGCAGUGGAAGGCACCCCUGAUUAUCUGCUUCUUCAUCUUUGGUGGCCUGCUGAUCAUCUGCUUCGUUGUCUGGGAGAAGUACUUUGCGCCCAUCACCUUUAUCCCCUGGUACCUGAUCAAGAACCGAACCAUCUUCUUCACCUACAGCAUGAUGGCCUCCAUCUACACUGCCUGGUACGUUUGGGACAACUACCUCUACUCCUUCUGUAUCGUCGUCUACAACCUGAGCGUGCCCCACGCCACAUACAUGGGCAACGUCUACACCAUGGGUAGCACCUUCUGGGCCAUUAUCUUUGGUAUCUUCCUGCGCUACAACGGUCGCCUCAAGUGGCCCGCCGUCUUCUUUGGUGUCCCCAUCACCGUCCUCGGCGUCGGUCUCAUGAUCAAGUUCCGUCAGCCCGACGUCAACAUUGGCUACGUUGUCAUGUGCCUCAUUUUCAUCGCCUUUGGCGGUGGCACCCUUGUCAUCUGCGAGCAAAUGACCGUCAUGGCCGUCUCCAAGCACAAGAACAUCCCCGCCGUCCUGGCCAUGGAGGGCAUGGUGGCCGCCAUGGGCCAGUCCAUUGGCUCCACCAUUGCCGCCGCCAUGUGGACGAGCAUCUUCCCCAAGAAGCUGGCCGAGUUCCUGCCCGCCGACGCCCAGUCGUCCCUCAGCGACAUUUACGGCAGCAUCGAUGUCCAGAGCUCGUACGCCGUCGGUACCCCCACCCGCACCGGUAUCGAAAACGCCUACGGCGCCACCCAGAGACUCAUGCUCAUCACCGCCACCUGCAUGUACGCCACCACCUGGUUCAGCACCUUCAUGUGGGAGAACAUCAACGUCAAGGAGAUCAACCAGUUCGACGGUGCCGUCAUGUGGUAA